UUGGCGGGUUCGCUGACGGCCGCAGGGACCUCUCCCCGACCGCGACAACGCGCCUGCGGGCUCCUUCCGCAAAGUUUGCGGGCGGGAGGAGGAGCGGAGCCGCGGAACCGCGGCGGGACUGCAGCAGCCGGGCGGGAAAUGCCCCUGAGGAGCCUCCUGCCAACGGCGGGGCUGCGGCAGCGCCGCUGAAGCCGCCCUGGCCGCCCGGCUGCCGGCCGCCUCUUCCUCCGGGGAAGGAGGGGACCCAGCCGGCCGCCGCUGCGCCCCUGCGGGGCUCUUCUCUCCCCGGGUCCGGGUCCGGGUUUGUUUCUGAGGUUUUGCCCUUUCCUGCCGCCGGGACUGCAGAGUGCGGUCCUGGGCGCCCCGCUCCCGGCUCCGCGCUGCCGCCCGCUCCCCCCGCGCCGGCCGGGCAGAUCGGUGCCCACUGCGGCGCCCGCAGCCUCCGCCGCCGGAGCCAGCUGCAGCCCCGCACGGCUGCAUGCCCGCCGCGGUCUCGGCACGGCUGGAUUCGCUGGAGUCCUGGGCCUUCCAUGCGCUGCUAGUGCUGCCCUAUAUGUUUUACGUGGGCUUGUUCUUUGUCAACGUGCUGAUCCUGUACUAUGCCUUCCUGAUGGAGUACAUCGUUCUCAAUGUAGGCAUCGUCUUCCUGCCCGAGGAUAUGGACCAGGCUCUGGUGGAUCUGGGGGUGCUCUCCGACCCUGGCUCUGUGCUCUACGAGACGGACAGCGAGCUGGAUGUCUUUGACGGGUACUUGGAGUGACAGCCCGGGGCGCUCCGAAGCAACUGCGGGGUGACGACGCCCGGUCCGGAGCAGAGGCCGGCUGUCCCGACAUGGCCGUAACUCGGGGAACGUCUCGGCCCCGGCGUGCCCUCGCUGCGUCCCGCCUCCUCCUGCGCACCAUCUGCCCUUCCAAAUACUCCCCGGUGCAGGGACGAAAGGGGGUGCCGGGACCCGCUGCCUCCGGGCAGGGCCGCGGACACGCAGAGGGCUCUCCGGAAAAGUCAGUCUUUUCCUCGGGCUCGUCCUGGACAGCGGCCAGCGGUGCUGGGGACAGUGACAGGGAGCGGGCCCUGCCACCGCCGCAGCGUCUUGCAUGGGUGAGUUCUGCGGACCGGGCCGGGCCCUCCGCGGGGCGCCCAGGGGCUGGCGGAGCCCGCUCCGUGUCCUCCGCUGCACUGCGAGGAGAAUGUCUUUUCGUAAGGACGAAUUUCCACAGUCCUGAGCCUCUGCAGCUGUUUUGCUAGGCGUUAGGUUUGCAGCAGGUCUGGUCUUGGAAGCCCCUCUGAAUCUAGAUGAACAUCCAGGCUAAUAGUUAUUAAAAUUAAGAGAUGGUAUCCCACCCAGAAAUACAUCUUAAUCACACGCUCUCUAAAACCUCUGUCUUGGAUAAUAAGAAACCUACCCCACUCACCUUUUCUCUCUUGUUAAUUGUAGCAUGAGGGGUUGAUUGACCAAUUUUUAUUGUAGUUUUGAGUGAUAUUAGAACUCUGGCAAUGCUGUAAAGAUUUAGUAUUUAAAAACAUUUAAAUGCAAUUAGGAAGAAAAUUAUUUUUAGAAAACUAUAUUUAUUUUAUAGAAAACUAUUUCUAGCUAAGAUUUUCUGUGCCAAAUGUAUGUUAAUGAAAACACUCACAGUUUAAAUUAAAAUGUGUUAACAAACCUGCCAGUAGAAUUUUUAGCAAAAUGUUGUCUGUAAAUUUGAAAAACAGCUCAGGGUACCUUUUUACUUUCUGUUUGAAAUUAUGGAAAUAGGAAAUUCUGUUGUAAGGUUACAAACAUAACCAUGGUGAACAUACUGGACAAACACCAUUUAGCAAGCUAUUUCAAUCAGUCUUCCAAUUUAAAAACAAACCUUUCCUGUAGUGCUUUCCUUCACAUAGGGUAAAACUAUCUCCUGAUUUUUUCUAUUCAGAUUUCAUAUAGAGCAAUAGUAGCUGGUUUUGGUCAGUAAUCUAGAAGGACAAAAUGUAAAUUCUUGGUGUUGGAGUAACAUUGUGCAAACACAUCUGAGCAAAGCUUGGUCAAAGGCACACAGGAACAUAACAAAUGGAGGGGGACACAGACCUUUGUUGACGAAGAAAUCCUACUGCAUGGAGUUACUGCAAAUGAAAGUGGCCACGCCAACAUUUGAUGGUCCAUCCAAAGCAGCUGGAUUAGAAUCACUUCUGCUAGAGUAGGUCUGGAGCAGAAUUAAACUCCUCAUCAAAAACUGUUGGCUACUUUUAUGCCUGUCUGCUCCACUCCUUUUUCAGCUGAGCAGGUAACACACAUGCUCUGUAUUCCAGGAAAGACAUUAAUAAAAUCCAAAGAAAAUUUGAUCAAAAUCUUGGGUACAGAAAGUCCUGGCCAGUUUCUUGCCCAAAAUGCGUUUCCCCAAGCCCUAAAUCUUACUACCCCAACACCAUCUACUACCCAAACCGUACAGGGUUUUGAAGUUGUUUUUAAUAACUUCUUUUACUGGCUAGGAUUUGUCAUGAUGAGUUAAAUCUAGUUUUCAGAAAGACCUAAGAACAGUUGGCAUAAGUUUUCUCAGAGGAUUUUUGCUACUACAUGAAAACAUGGUUUUAUAGAGCAUAGGUUCUGAGCAUAGCUCUGUUCCAUGUAGAUAAACGGGCUCCUUAAGAUUUUUCCCUUGUAUUAAUAGGAUAAACAGCUCUGCAAACCUCUUGAUAUUCUAACUCCAUAUGUAGGAAUCAAAAUGUAGAUGUCUUCACUCAGUCUAUAUAUCCACCUAAAGCUAAUGGAGCUCUGCUUCAGUUUCAAUUCUUUAAUCUGGAAGUUGUCAUUAGAUGGUGGUUUCCACUCAGAAUCAAAUCACAAUUCCUAAGAUUAGGUAAAUUAUUGUUGAGCAAAAUAUUCACUAUUCCUAUGGUUCAUCUAUUUAUAUACUUAAUUAUAUUUUUAUAUGCAGCAACCAGGCCACAAAUCAUGUAAUUAUUUAGCUACCAGGCAUGCCAGCAUGAAAGAAUUUCUGUUAGUAUCCUGGUUACAGGUUUAUUCACUGUUCUGUACCAUUUCUCCUCACCAGCUCCCUAGCAAAGCAGCAGAAGAGGGCCCUAAUUUGGAGCUGUGUUUCCUGCUUUGGGAACAGAAGUAAGGCACUCAUAAGCAAGAUUUAGAUUCCUCGGGUGCCUAGCCUGGCAGUGACCCAAGUUCUGUACAACUAUUAACCCAUGUGCUCCACAGGGCCAGGAAGGCUGCCCACCUGACCCACUUAGACCCCAAAGUGCUGAGGAUUCGCAAGAUGCUGCAGGAAGGUCUUAGUUUUACCAUCAAAGGUGAAAACUACAUAGUCAUACUCUUUGCAUUAAAUAUAAGAAGAGUGUUGUUCAUGUGACUCACCAGGGAUGACUGAGAACAACUAAAAAGCUAUCAUUAGCCUUAGCUGAAACCUUGCAGUGUGCUCCUUACAUUUAGAAAGCAAUGCCUUGCACCCAGGAGGUGAGUGGCAUGCAUGACAGGGAAACAAAGGGGGGAAGUCCCAAGAGGCCAUUCUGCAAAAUGUGGAAAGGCUAAUUUAGAUGUUAAAAAGAGCAUGUGAAACAGAAUAGCUCUGUUCUCUCUUGAACUAAACCCCUCACUUGAAUAAACUCAGUAGGAGCAAUAUUCUGUCCAGGUUUCUGAGUAUAAUUGGUGGCAGAGACUGGAGGUAGACAACUAAGCAGCUCAAAGAAGCAUCCUACCCUAUUCAAAUGGAGAAAUCCUUCUAUAUAAACUGAGCAGAAUUGAGCUUGUUCAUGUCAUUUAUUGUUUUAGUGUGAGUGUGCUAGGUUAUUAUAUUUGAAGACCCUUGAGGGUAAGGUGAUAAGACUGUUCUCCUUGCACUUUCUUAAAGUAAGAUAUGACUCAUCACAAGGAACUCUACUCAUCAGAAAUAAAAGAGCAAAAGCAAUCAACAAUCAAAACUGAAUAGCAAAAGCUCAAUUUCUUUCAUCUUAGAAUACAAGCAUUACCUGUAUUUUUUCAUCAAGGUGAAUUAUGAAUGUUUUCAAUUAACAGAAUCCAGCACUCAAAAACUUGUGACUCAACACAUCUGGUGAAUGCCAACACCUAAAUCCUGAACUAAGGAAAUUGCUUUACUCCCUAUCUCAUCAAUAUAACACCAAUUAGAGCAGGCUUAGUGUCUGAGACAGUAUGCUCCAGUGGAGAGGGAUACCAUAUUCCUCAGGCUGUCCAUGCUCACAUAGAACACAUGACCAUUGCAGUUCAGUCUUCAUUCAGACUCUGUUAUGCCUUCUACACCUGAAACAGUGCCAGUCCUCCUGCCCCAGGACCCCAGGUAGCAGCCAACCCAACGUACAAUCUGCUGAGCCUCUGCUCCAAGCACAGAAAAGUGCAGAACAUGAGGGAGGCUGUGUUUUGCCCUGCAGCCCAGUGAGAGCCUUUUCACAGAGCUCCAGUCUUAAAGCAGAUCUGUUAACAGCUCUGUUACAGCUUUGUACCAUACACUUCCUUCCCAUUAUGCAACUGGAUUAGCAUGUGCAGAGUCCCCUGCCUUCCCAUGCUGCACAGGAGGCCUCUGUGCAGGAGAACCUACAGAGGGGAAGGAGGGACCAGCUGUCCCUUCAGACACUUGCUCCACACAGCACGUAUCUGCAGAUCUCCUGAGCUGCAGGCACCAGGGGACCUGCUCUUCAUCUUCUGUACCUCAACUCUUCUCCAUCACUGAUUCAUCCACAAACAUCCCCUCUCAGAUCUGCACCAUUCUACAUUACAUUUGAUUAAUCAUCUUUACAAUCACAAGACUAAAUGGGUACAGUCACUAGUGCCCAGCACCUCCAUAAUCCAUAGCUCUGAUUCCACUCAAAGAAGGCUUCUCAAGCCUUUCGUGUACCCCUGUUCACAAUAAAAAACCAAACCAAAACAAAAAACACCUAUUACUAGCUGUCAGAUACUUUGAUCCAGUUGAAGUAAAUUAAAUAAUUUGGGAUAAAGCACUAUAGCAGUAAUUCAUUCUUGUAAGCAUGACCAAGAAGUUACCCCAACAUGUUAUUUAACUUUGUAACUACUUACCAGUGGAUUCAAAAUGCUUUAAACAAAGCUUCUCUAAAGAAGAAAAAGUGACCAAAAUCAGCACCUACAUCAAAGGCAGGCAAUACAUAAUUAACACAGUUACACAAAAAGUAACAACAGUCUAAUGAACAAUAUCUAGUAAAGAAAAUGUCACAAGUUCAAAACUCAGUUUUAAUAGGUAGGCCUAAUGAUAUCAAACCUAGCAUAAAUUGGUUAUUCCAGCUGUAUGUCACAGCUGGUUGUACUCUAUUAAGAGCAACCCUUACUUCACACCAAUCUCUUCAUGCCUCUAUUAAAGCUACACUAAGGACUAGUGUGGUCUGACAUUAACAGAAACUGUUACAUUGGUUUCUCUGAAAAGUUGUUCAGGACUUUGAAAAGUAAAUAAUUAUUAUUCUUAGUGACAAAAGGUUUUGAUUUGAUUUUUUUUUUUUUAAAGAAGGUGCACAGUGUUAUAUCUAACAUACACAGUGACUUCUCUGUUAAUUUUAGGUCUAGAGGAUUAUUCUGUAUGUGUUUUCUUUUAAACAGAUUCAUUACACACCUGAAAUGGUUUAUGACCAGGUUAAUGGAUCAAGUCAUGGAAAGAAACAUGGAGACAAAAAGAAGGACAAGGGGACAAUAAGAAAAAUUGUCAUCAGACCUUGUCAGUUGUGACUUUUCUCCAUGACCACUGUCUCUUGAGUGUGCACUAAAUGCAGUGACCCAUGCACUGUUCUGGUCUUCCAUAGGUAAUUCUGGGAUGGACUGAAUGAACAAAUAAUAAAAGCUAUGGUAUAACAAAAAAUCAAGAUGUUACUCAGAUUUGAUAAACUUUUGAAUAAAUACUAUGUUACCUGAAUGGACGUGCUACUUAAGUUUUACAAACAUACAUUGAAAACUCUACCAGCCAGUAGUUCAAAGACAAUGCUUUCUCAGGGGAAAAUAAUGCAAGCAGGUUCUGUUCAGGGCAGUGUUACAGUUAGAACUGUGCUAGUAAGAUACUUUAUUUAAAUAAUGAGUUUUGAAAUAGUUCAGAGAGUGAGUUUUAUAUAAGUCAGAUGGAUUCAUUAUCUAACAGAGGAUAUUUUGCAGAUUGUUUAAGCUCAUGUUCCCAUGUAAAGACGUGUAAGCAAUACAAUAAAGACUGACUUUUCCAUGAAAAUGU